AUGAGGAACCGACAGGCCUGCUAUCACCCCCGUGGCCCCUGCCUUCCACCCUCUUCACCUUCCCCAACCCUUCCUCCUUCCCCACCCCCUUCUUUGGCCUCUUCUCCCUUGCCUGCCAUCCACCCCUACUUUGUCCUGGUCCCCACUGGGGACCUCUGGGCUGACUCCUCUCCUCCUGGCCCAACCCACCCAGACAUGCUCCAGACCCUCCCCAGGUCCCCUCCUGCCUGUGGGAGCCUCAGAGCCUGCCCCCUGCGUAGGACCCCUGGGGUGCCCAGCCUCCGCUCCCAGUCCUCCCUCCACCACUUCCUCGGGGCCCCCCUCUCUGCUUUGAACUCUUCUUUUGCCCUUGACCUUCCUUCAGGCCCUACUCUGACCUCCAGACACCAGGGUAGCCUGGCCCCCUUGCCCUGCACCCCUCCUGCCCAAUCAUAUCCUCUCCCUACCUCCUCCACACUCUUAGGCCACCCUCCAAGCCGUCCCAGGGGCUGGGUGGGCACCUGGCCUCCUAGGAGCUGGGGGAAUCUGGCCCCUGUGGGACACAGGGAUCAGCGGCUGGGGGGCACCUGCAGGACAGCUGGGCAGAACUCCUACCGCCCCUUGAAGCACCUGUCUCCAGGGUCUCUCUUCUCUGAGCCCAUGCAUCGCCCCCCUCAUUUGGAAGAAGCGCCAGUGUCCUGUGCCUGGACAGAAAUAAGGAAAGGCUUGAUGGGCCAGAAAUGGAGACUGCCAUGCUUAUCCUCUUCUGUCCACUCCACUGGGCCAGAGCGCCCAAGCUGGGGCAACCAAAAAUCAGCUGCCUGCCCCCCUAGGAAGGAGCCACAGCAGCUGCGUUUUGGUUUGGGAGGCCCGGAUGCCUCCCGCUGACCUAGAGUUUGCAAACGAUUGUGUAGUGAAUACACCUGCGGGAACCCAACCUUGACCUCUGAGUUGUGAUGCCAAAGGCAGAAAGAAAACUUUGAUCAUAAAUGACGGAACACCGUGGCCCUUUGUAAAGAAAACCAACGCUAUUCGAGCCACUCUCCUAACUUUCUCCAGUGCCAACUCCUUUCUGUGUGACAUUUUUGUAUGAAGCCUCCCGCAGUUUGUAGUGUGACAACAACUUAAACUGGAUUUUCAAGGUUGCAAACA